AUGGCUUUUGAUGUUGCUGGUUUACAUUCUGAGCUGUUGUUUCAAGAUAUUAAUGUUAUGGAAAUUUUAAGAAUAUGGAUUGAAUACAAUACAACUCAUGAAGUUGCUAGAAGAAUGUGUGUUCUGUGGAAUAUCUGGAAAACCAGGAAUGAUAUUGUUUUCUCUCAGGGAAGUUUUUGUAUCAAUGUUAUUUUGAAGAAUAUUCUUCAUGAUGUUGAGUUGUGUAUGGAAAACUAUGGAAAGAAUGAUGCAGUUAAUGUCAGUACAGUGCAGGAAUGGUCUCCUCCUGUUCAUCCUUUUGUUAAAAUCAACGUAGAUGUUGCGUUUAUUCCUAAUAAUGGUGUGGCAGGCGUUGUGGCUCAAAAUAGCAAUGGUAGAUUUCUUGGUUGUGCUUCCAGUACCUUUGUUUGCAUUUCAUCUCUUCUGGAAGAAACGAUUGCUUGCAGGUUGGGUUUGGAACUGGGUUUAAGACAUAACUUUUCGCAUGUCAUCAUCCAAGGAGAUGCAACUAAUGUGACUGCUGCUAUUCUGGGUGAUUCAAGAGAUUUUCCUUGGUCAAUCACGUAUUAUGAAGAUCAAAGAUGCAGCGGUGCGAUUUAA